GGCAGCGGGGGCCGGGCUGGGCCGGGCCGGGCCGGGCCGGGCCGAGCCAGGGGAGCCGGAGCCAUGGAGUUCCGGCAAGACGAGUUUCGGAAGCUGGCGGGCCGCGCCCUGGGCCGCCUGCACCGGCUCCUGGAGAAACGGCAGGAAGGCGCCGAAACGCUAGAGCUGAGCGAGGAGGGCCGGCCGGUGGCUUCCAGCGGGGCCGCCCGGCCCAAGCCGGUGCUGGACUGCACGUGCUGGGGGCUCCCCCGCCGCUACGUCAUCGCGGUCAUGAGCGGCCUGGGCUUCUGCAUCAGCUUCGGCAUCCGCUGCAACCUGGGCGUGGCCAUAGUGUCCAUGGUGAACAACAGCACGGUGCAUAAGGGCGGCCACGUGACCGUGCAGAAAGCCCAGUUCAACUGGGACCCCGAGACCGUGGGCCUCAUCCACGGGUCCUUCUUCUGGGGCUACAUCGUCACGCAGAUUCCCGGGGGCUUCAUCUGCCAGAAGUUUGCGGCCAACAGGGUCUUCGGCUUCGCCAUAGUGGCCACGUCCACGCUCAACAUGCUGAUCCCCUCGGCUGCCCGAGUCCAUUACGGCUGCGUCAUCUUUGUGCGGAUCCUGCAGGGGCUCGUGGAGGGGGUCACGUACCCGGCCUGCCACGGGAUCUGGAGUAAGUGGGCACCGCCUCUGGAGCGCAGCCGGCUGGCAACCACGGCUUUUUGCGGCUCCUACGCUGGAGCGGUGGUCGCCAUGCCCCUCGCCGGAGUCCUAGUCCAGUACUCGGGAUGGAGCUCCGUGUUCUACGUCUAUGGGAGCUUCGGGAUCUUCUGGUACCUCUUCUGGCUCCUGGUGUCCUACGAGUCUCCGGCUCAGCACCCAAGCAUCUCGGAGGAGGAGCGCAAGUACAUCGAGGACGCGAUCGGCGAGAGCGCCCGCCUCAUGAACCCGCUCGUGAAAUUCAGCACGCCCUGGCGUCGCUUCUUCACGUCCAUGCCCGUCUACGCCAUCAUCGUGGCCAACUUCUGCCGGAGCUGGACGUUCUACUUGCUGCUGAUCUCUCAACCCGCCUAUUUUGAGGAGGUCUUCGGGUUUGAGAUCAGCAAGGUGGGCCUGGUGUCUGCGCUCCCCCACCUUGUCAUGACUAUAGUGGUCCCCAUCGGGGGCCAGAUCGCAGACUUCCUGAGAAGCCGCCAUAUCAUGUCCACCACCAACGUCCGCAAAAUGAUGAACUGCGGGGGCUUCGGGAUGGAGGCCACCUUGCUCCUGGUCGUCGGCUACUCUCACUCCAAGGGCGUGGCCAUCUCCUUCUUGGUCCUGGCCGUGGGCUUCAGCGGCUUCGCCAUCUCGGGCUUCAACGUGAACCACUUGGACAUCGCCCCGCGCUACGCCAGCAUCCUCAUGGGCAUCUCCAACGGCGUGGGCACGCUCAGCGGCAUGGUGUGCCCCAUCAUCGUGGGGGCCAUGACCAAGCACAAGACCCGGGAGGAGUGGCAAUCGGUGUUCCUCAUCGCUUCUCUGGUGCACUAUGGGGGAGUCUUGUUCUAUGGCAUCUUCGCCUCCGGAGAGAAGCAGCCGUGGGCGGAGCCGGAGGAGCUGAGCGAGGAGAAGUCGGGGCUAGUCCAGCACGAUCAGCUGGCGGGCAGCAGUGACGAAAGCGACGGCCCCGACGACCCUGCUUUCUCCUACGCCGCUGCCUCCGGGGAGCCCGCUCCGCCGGGAGCCCCCCCUGGGCCGGGCCCGGCGCUGGCUCCCGGGCCCCCGCCCUCCUACGGGGCCACGGGGAGGAGUCCCGCCCCCCCCGCCUGGCCCCCCACCCCGAGGGACUACUGAUGCCCCGGUCCCAACGCGGGCCAGGGCCCCGGGACUCCAUUCCCAGUGGUUCAAGUCACCCAGUUACCCCAGAUCCCACUUCGAUGUUUCUGCAGGGCUGCGGACUGGCAGUUUCCAGGACCCCCCCUCCCAAGGCCUCCGGGUCUCUAGGCCCCCUCCCCAAGGCCCCCGGGUCUCUAGGCGCCCCCUCCGCUUUGCCUUAGCGGGUUGAAGAGCCUCCCACCGUCCCUGUAAUAAGUCCCCGAGCACAGCCUUUCCUCCUCGGCCCCCUGAUUCCAACGGCCCGGAUCGGCCGUGUCCAGGCCAGUCCUUUUCAGGGCAUACUCGAAAGUCUCCCUCAGUGUCCCAGCUUUCAAGACCGUCCCCCUAAAUGCCCCAGAGAGGCCCCUCCCGGCACCGCUCUUCGGAGAUUCGGGCCAAACCUUAGAAGCCCCCCUCCGGGAGCUUCGGCUUGCCCCCUCCCCAGCCGCCCAGUGACUUUUUGCCAAUCAGAGGAGAGGGCGGGGCCGGAGCCCCGCCCCGCCCCGCCCCCUCCCGGUUCCAGGGAUUCUCACCAGCGUUUCUGUCCGAGCGCAGCCGUCUCCAGCUCCGCUCGCCCAGCAGUGCCCCCCCCCCCCCCGCUGUUUCAGGGCCCUCUUCUGCCACAGCACUAAGCAGACGCCAGUUUUCAAGCCCCCCUUUCAGUGGUAAGAGUUAAAUUUGAAAGGACCCGCCCCCCUCCGGCGCCCUGGCUGUCGCACGGAAAGCCGCGUUUCUCCACCACACCCAAGCUGGGGAUUCUCAGGCUUCUAAAGGGUGGCUUCGAGGCCCCUGGAGUUGAGCCCCGAGUCUCCUUCCCCGCCCCUGACGCCACUAGUCAGCGACUCUCGGGCUGAGGGGGCCCUUGGUGGCCUCUUUCUGAGAUGGGCUGAGGGGGCCCCUGGCGGCCCCAUUCCGAGAGAGCUGAGGGGGCCCCUGGCGGCCUCUUUCCGAGAUGAGCUGAGGGGGCCCCUGGCGGCCCCAGAGACGGGCUGAGGGGGCCCCUGGCGGCCUCUUUCCGAGAUGAGCUGAGGGGGCCCCUAGUGGCCCCAUUCCAAGAGAGCUGAGGGGGCCCCUGGCGGCCCCAGAGACGGGCUGAGGGGACCCCUGGCGGCGCCAUUCCGAGCUGGGCUGAGCUUCCCUUAGUUCUUGCACUUUAUUCCUCCCCUGCCUCCAGCCUCCAGAUCAGGGGUCUUCCAGGGGGUCUCCCAAGCAUAUUUCCAAGGCCUUCUGAGCAAGAGGGACUUCCAGCGGGGCCCCUUCCCUUGCUAGCCCAGGGCUGACGAUGGUCCCGGAGGACCCCGCCCGGGGGGCGGGUGGAGGGGCCAGUUUGUGAGUGUGUGAGUGUGUGCAGGUCUGGUCGAAAUAAAAUACUGUCGUGUCAAUGUA